GUAGCUUGCGAAUGUGUCUCUAGCACAUUCAGCGCGCCGUGGAUCGAAAAUUAGGUCGGCAGCAAUCUGCAACCAUAUAUUACGAUCCUGAGCAAUCAAAUGCAGAGUUUACUUUCGUGUUCACCGAUUUGCGCCCCUCAUCAGCUGCUAGACGUUUCCCGAACUCUGUUCUUUUUGUGUUUCCGACCACAAUUUUCAAUUUUCGAGCAUCACACGGAUGCGUAUAAAAAACUAUCGAAGAUCAAGUGGGCAGAGCCUAUGUCGCCCCAUCUCUCGCUAUGGGCAAACCCAACGCACUUUCCUCAUUUUGGCCGAUUCGAUGGAAAACGUCCUCCUCAUUCUUACCAUUCCGGUGGAAAACACCCGGAGGAUGACAAGAAGGCAGUAAGCCCCGACAAAAAGGAUGAGAAGACGGGAGCCCCGAGGCUCCCAAUAAGACUCAAGGGGAAACCAUGGAAGAAUGAAAGUCCUUUUUUUUUCUCGUUUACUUAUGUCAUGACAUUCAUUGAAGAUGUAGUUCUGAAUUCGAUUUGCGAACACUCAGUUGGUGAUUGAGAGAAAAAUAUCUAGAAAGCUCGGUGCAGGGACCCACUUGAGACGACCGAGAACAUUUAACUUUUAGAGCACUGAAGCAUUGACUGAAAGAGAAGCCUCAAGGCAACAUAUUCUUGCUUAUU